AGACGCGCAAAGCAUGCUGGGUCACACUGUAGUUCAACGCCCAAAAUGGCGAUAGUGUUAAAAAGUUAAAAAUGUUACGCCCGAGUUAUUUAUUCUUCUCCACCAGUUCGUUUUGCUGAUAUUGAUACUCCGUCUGAACACAGUGUGCCCACUCCUUAAAUACCAAAGUGUGUGUCUUGUUUAAUAACGAUGUCAAAUUCCAUCUUAAAUUCCCUGCGUGUAAGCCAACCCAUCCCAGGAGCUAUGCUAGGCUAGCCAGCAGGCUAACCAAGCCCUUUUCCAUAAAGUUGUCAGAGGAUGACAAUCAGUAAUGUGUGCUCUCGAAAGAUCUCCUUAUGUUGAUGUGAAUAUGACGAGGACAACGUUGCCGUAGUAGAUAUGGAAGAGGAUGUAAAAAAAGUUAAAAAGCCCGGCAUCGUGUCGCCGUUCAAGCGCGUGUUCCUAAAGGGAGAGCGUGGCCGGGACAAGAAGACCUCGGAGAAGACCACCGAGAGGCGGGCCCUCCACACCUUCUCCCUGUCCCAGCCCGACCACCGCAUCGACCCCGACAUCCUACUCAACGACUACAUCGAGAAGGAGGUCAAAUACCUGGGCCAGCUGACGUCCGUGCCAGGCUACCUCAACCCCUCCAGUCGGACCGAGGUCCUGCAGCUCAUCGACAAUGCAAGGAAGACGAACCAGCUGGCAGGCCAGCUGACGCCGGAGCUGGACGCGGUGGUGAGUCUCUCCGCCUACAACAUCAAGCUGGUGUGGAGGGACGGAGAGGACAUCAUCCUCAGGGUGCCCAUCCACGACAUCGCCGCCGUCUCCUACAUCCGGGACGACUCGUUGCACCUGGUGGUGCUCAAGACGGCCCAGGAGUCCGGGGGUUCUCCGUGCCCCAGCUCCUGUCCGGACCUCAACAAGUCCCAGACCCUGGGCUCCCUGUCGGAGAGCGGCGCGGGGCUGGUGGAGGUGUGCUGCCUGCUGGUGCUGGCCGUGGAGAACAAGGCGACGGCGGAGGAGCUGUGUCUGCUGCUCAGCCAGGUGUUCCAGAUCGUCUACACAGAGUCCACCAUCGACUUUCUGGACCGGGCCAUAUUCGACGGCGCCACCACACCCACCAGGCACCUGUCCCUGUACAGCGACUCCUCGAGCAAGGUGGACGCAAAAGAGGCCUUCGAAGCUGAGGCCAGCACAUUUUCCUUCGAGGGCUCCCUGGAGGCGGCCGACAGCUCCCCCUCCACGCCCGCCUCCCCCCAGACCAAGGCGGCCAGCGAGGGGGAGCUGAGCACCACCGCGGCGGAGCUGCUCCAGGACUACAUGACCACGUUACGCACCAAGCUGUCGUCUCAGGAGAUCCAGCAGUUCGCCACGCUGCUUCACGAGUACCGCAACGGAGCCUCCAUCCACGAGUUCUGCAUCAACCUGAGACAGCUCUACGGGGACAGCAGGAAGUUCCUCCUCCUGGGCCUGCGUCCCUUCAUCCCCGAGAAGGACAGCCAGCACUUUGAGAACUUCCUGGAGACCAUCGGCGUGAAGGACGGCCGCGGCAUCAUCACCGACAGCUUCGGCCGCUACCGCCGCACCGCGAGCUCCGCCUCCGACUCCACCGCCAACGGGGCCGGGACGGUGGGCGGGGACAGCACCCACAGCGGGGGGGGCGGCGACGCCCCGGCCCCCUCGGAGGGCGACGAGUGGGACCGCAUGAUCACCGACAUCAGCAACGACAUCGAGGCGUUGGGCGUCAGCAUGGACCAGGACGGCGGGGUCUCGCCCUGACACGCCCCCCCCCCCAUGGGACCCGUGGGUGCCUGCCAACCCACAGACCCUCAUCCCUGGAACAGUGGAUCGAGGAACAAUAACAACAACAACAACGGCGCUAAACGAGAGGCACUGACAUUUCAUGACACUUUCAUAAUGUUUUUUUUUUUUUUGCCCCCCCAACUUUGAAGGAGACAAGUCUGUGAAACUUUAAUGGUAUCUUAACCCUUACGGCCCUACAGGGCAGCUCCCGGUUAUUCUGAUGUGCUACCAGGUGGUCUCUUUGCACCUGGUAGCACAAGCUAGGCGUCUAUUGUUGUAAGCUCUUCGUUCAACAACAUUUCAACCAGAUGUCGAUGAGUCCUCUACUCACUAAUUGCUGUAUUUCUAAAGAUACCCAUAGCCUAUGACGUUUAACAGAUUAUUUUGUUGUAUCUAUUGUUUAUAAAGCUUUAUUGGCAGUAUCUGCCUCGCGUGUAGACAAUGUAGCGAUUUACCCCAGCGGUUUUUGAGGGUUUAUGAUUAUAAUAAUCAAUAUCCCCUCUAUAGACUCUGGAGUAUUAAAGAAUCAAUAUCCAAAGGGCGAUGUACAAGCUGUGGAAUAUUAUAGACUGUUAUUGGAUGCUUUUUGUUCUUUAUCCACUUCCACUUCCCUUUAACCCCGGCCCCUCUCCCUCCAUGUGUUCUUCGAUUAACUUUUUGUUUAUUCUUUGCUUAUAUGGUUCAUAUAUAUUUAAUAUUUUAGUCAUCGCUUUAAUACGUGUAUUGUCAAUGUGUAAUAGACAACGUCUAAUAGUCCUUUUUACAGUGCCUUUUCACGGUGCUCUGUGAAAAGGACUAUUAGUUUGCCAACAAAGGAAAUGCCAUUUGGGUGAGGAGGACCAGAACUGACAAAGCCAGAGAGCCAAUGAUGGACAGGGUUUGAUGUUUAGUCUCUCUCUUCAAUUUAGAUCAGUAACGAAGUGUCGUGUUACUGUGAUAUUCCCAUAUAGCGGUUAUGGUGCCUUUCACUCUGCAGUACUGUUGCCAAGCUGGCGAUAUGAGCUGUGUCUGUACAGCGGACAUGUCAUGGAUAUUAAAUAACAAUUACUUCACAUUA